CUUGUUCAAAGCUUCAAAAGACUUUCGUCGCAAUCAAGAAUUUGAGCAUUGGACUGUUGGAAGAAGAUUGAUUGACCAUUGUUGUAUUUUACUGUCGCAUAGUUUACUUCAUAGCUUGCGAUAUGUCUAGUGAGCUUGAACCAGAAACCGUAUAUGACAUGGUUGUAGUACACCGAGAAAAUGAUGUUCGUGUAGUAACAAAGCAGUUAUUUCAGCUAUACACUCUCCGUAAACUUGGUAGCCCUUUCAAACCAGUCAUACCCUUUGGUCCCCACCUCUUCGGAAGUGGAAAGACAAAAUUCGUAAAAAAUUACUUGGAACUGGUGAAUAAUAUGGGUGAAAGUGCACUGAUAGGUCUCGAUUACGUUGGUGAGUCUGAGAAGGCCAACCGAAGAGGUUUCCUGGAGAAGCUGAAAAGGGCUUCAUUGCUCUUUGUGGAUUUGAGGGAGUUGAAGCCCACAGAACCGAAAGAACGCAACCUAAAGUGGGCAGUCUACUAUUUGUUAGUAAAGGCUGCUUUUUUGCAAUCAGGUCUUCCGCAACCAGACCCGGACGAAUGUUUCAAGGAACUAAAACUUAGGAGUGAUGCUUUGGUCCAGAAAAUCCGUUCAAUCUUAAACAUUCCUUCCGAUCAAUAUCUCCUUGUGGCAUUUGACGAAGUUGGUGUGUUUGAUACAAAGGGAACCUUUUUGAACUGAGAA